AUGGCGUGUCUGUGGUUCCCUAGAGGCUCCUGGAUGGCAGCUCUGACAGUGAUACUGAUGGUGCUGGGCCCUCCCAUGGCUUGGGCCAGGGAUACCCCACAUAAGUGCACACCUUCACAUUUCCUGUUCCUGACGACGUCCGAGUGCUACUUCACCAACGGGACGGAGCGGGUGCGGUUCCUGCAGAGGUAUUUCUAUAACCGGGAGGAGUUCUUGCGCUUCGACAGCGACGUGGGGGAGUACCGGCCGGUGACCGAGCUGGGGCGGCCCAUUGCACAGUACUGGAACAGCCAGAAGGACUACCUGGAGCAGAAGCGGGCCUCAGUGGACACAUACUGCAGACACAACUACGGGGUGGUUGAGACCUUCUCGGUGCAGCGGCGAGUGGAGCCUACAGUGACUGUGUAUCCUGUGAAGACCCAGCUGCAGCACCACAACCUUCUGGUCUGCUCUGUGAAUGGUUUCUAUCCCGGCCAUAUUGAAGUCAGGUGGUUCCGGAAUGGCCAGGAAGAGGAGUCUGGGGUCGUGUCCACAGGCCUGAUCCGUAAUGGAGACUGGACCUUCCAGGCCCUGGUGAUGCUGGAGAUAGUUCCUCAGAGUGCAGAGGUCUACACCCGCCAAGUGGAGCACCCCAGUUUGACGACCCCUGUCACCGUGGAAUGGAGAGCACAGUCUGGGUCUGCACAGAGCAAGAUUCUGAGUGGAACUGGACGCUUUGUUCUGGGUCUGCCCUUCCUCGUGGUGGGGCUGUUCAUCUACUUCAGGAAUCAGAAGGGACACUCUGGACUUCAGCCAACAGGUCUCCUGAGCUGAUGUGGAGAUGGUGACACUCCAGGAAGAACCUUCCUUCCCAGCCUCUUCUCAGAAUGAAAGGCUUCCAGCUCUUAUUCCUCCACAAUUACAGUGCUUUCUCAGAUCUGGUUGGCCCGGCUUCAGUGACUUGCAGCACCUGUCCUCCCUGUGGCUCUGUCUGCCCCUUCCUUGACCUGGAAGCCCCAGUGUGACUUCAGUACCUCCUCUGCAUUCUCUCCGGUCCCCUUCUGUGUUGCCUUUCCUGCCUCCCUUGCACGGGAACUGAACUUCUUCUCAUGUAUCUUCAUAAGCUUUUCUCAAACAAACAUGGGGUUAAAAUAAUCUGCUUCACAUAGUUUCAAAGAAAAGAGGUAUAAAAAAAGAGACAAAGGGAGGAUUCCACCACAAUAAAAUAAUGGUUUUUAUUUAUAUCCCAGAAUUUUGCUCAGAUGUGGAGAUCUUGAAGGUAUCCUUGUUUCAUUCCCAUUUAUUCUUGGGCUUUACACGUUCUGUAAUUAGACAUAUUUUCUGGAGUUUGGAGGAAGCCCUUAAUGACCCAUAAGAUGAUGAUGUCCUACAUGUCUAUGUUCUGAAACACAAACACACCAGUCCUUUUGCACCAUGGGAUAAGGAAAGGGGACAGAAAAAUAUUCCUGCAAUGUAAUGCAAAUAAUUUUUACAUAGGUGAUGCCCUUAGACUUUUUAUAAUAACAUUCUUUUGUCAUUUUGUCC